UCAGUUGGGAAAGAGCAGAAGCCGCUGAUCAGGAUGAACCCGGUGCAACAACCCGCCCAGCACAAGUGUCCGGCCUCCAGUCUGAACCCGCCGCACCCUAAACGCGCCCAGGAGGCUCCGGACAUGGGACUUUAUUGUGACAACUUCAUGUACCAACAGCACAACCUGCACCCCAGCCACAGGGCGACCAACUUCAGCAUCGGGGACUUCACCCACCAAGCGAACCCUUACUUAUGGCUGGGGGGCCCUGGGGUCAACAACUCACCCAGUUACAGCCCUACCCCUGCCCCUUACAUACCCCCUGCCUUCAGCGCCCCCCAGCGGCAGUUCCUGGCCAACUCUGCAGCCUUUGGUGGAGCCGAUCUGGGCUGGAUGUCGGCGGCCUCCCAGGAGGAGCUUCUGAAGAGGGUGAGACCCCCUUACUCGUACUCUGCCCUCAUCGCUAUGUCCAUCCAGAAUGCGACCGACAAGAGACUCACCCUGAGCCAGAUCUACCAGUAUGUGGCAGAAAACUUCCCUUUCUACAAGAAGAGCAAAGCAGGCUGGCAGAACUCCAUCAGGCACAACCUGUCCCUCAAUGACUGCUUCAAGAAGAUGCCAAGGGAUGAGAAUGAUCCAGGAAAAGGAAACUACUGGACUCUGGACUCCAACUGCGAGAAGAUGUUUGACAAUGGUAAUUUCCGCCGGAAGAGAAAGCCCAAAUCUGAGACCAACAACAUUAAAAUCGCUAAGAGGGAAGAGGAUCACGUGAGCCCAAAAGGCAAAGAAAGCCCACCCAUGAUUACUCCCUCCUCCCCCAAGGAGCUGUCUCCCACAGGCCAUAGCAAGUGCCCAUCUCCCCCAACUGUCACCUACACCCCCUGUCUAACCAACUUCAUUGGCAGCAUGACUGCCGUGGACUCAGCUACAAUGAACAGACAGGGCCCCCUGGGGCUUCUCAAUGAAUUAUCUCAGAGGAACCUCAAUGGCUUGAGCAGCUUCAUCUCGGGCUCCGCAGUUGAUCAGAGCCCUGAGCAUCAGGACAGUAGCCUGUUCUAUAACAGAAGCCCCUACUACAGCUCCUUGCCCACCUCUAACCAGAAGCAGCCACCGUACCUUCAGCAGCUCCAUCCCCAGCAGUCUCCUCUGUACCAGGGAAGGUACUGACGUGUAGUUCUACGUGAGAUUUGUAGGAAAAGACUGGGAGUGGACAUGACGCUUAUGGAGCCCAGAACUGAAAUCUUAGCAAUUUCCCCUUGCAAGUUGGGGGAGAAAACAUGAGAGUACUGUGAACUACAAAUACCAUCACCCAUAGCUGGCUGAGGAUGCUGGGAGCUGUAGUUCAGGUUACCAGGGACAUCUGUAGCAAGGAGAUUUUUUUCUUCUUCAAAUGGGUGGCUGCCUGAGCAUGCUGGGAGUUGUAUGUCAACAAGCGAUAGAAAGUCAACCUCUGGCUUUAUCUUUGUUAUAAGACAAAAGAAUGAGCAUUUUUUUCAUUGUGGACGUGUAAGCUGUAAAUAUAUAUAUAUAUAUUGUUUGUCAUUCAUAUGGUGUGACUUGCGCAUCACAUGGUUCUUUAUUUAUAACUGUAUUUAAUAAAGAAAAGAAAAACAUCAA